AAUUUCUUUAGCUCUUUUACAGCAGUUCAAGUACUACAUUGUAUUUGCACGUGCAAGAAGGUCUGGGUAUUCAAGAAUGUCCACGACCAUGCACACACAGCUGCGCUCGUAUGUAGGCGCCACAACUAGGCUAUACCACAGUCACAAAACGGUAUCAACGGGCGUGUUACGGUUUAAUAGUAAGUCUAUGCAUAGUUAUACGGCCUCUCCCAACACGAGUAUAAGAUUAAAUACAAGUCUGAAUGCAUCCCAACGGCCGCUACACAGUACAACUGCUGUGAUGGCAACAAACGACGGUGACGUAGCAGCUGUGCUGACCUCUGAUGAUGAUAUUUCGUGUUCGGAUAAAGGAAGCCCGAGUAGUAAAAAAGGUGAAAGUGGGGAUAAUAGUAUAGGCUCCCGCGAAGAACCUGUGGUCAAGAAGGCUGCUGUAAAGACGAAAAGAGUUAGAGCCGAGGAUAGACCCAUGUUAAAGGCCGCAUUCGUCAAAUCUUACAAAGACCAAAAGGCCCCGUUCGGGUUCAACGGAUUGGGUGAGCUGGUCUACCGUCGCACUUAUGCACGUGUUAAGGAUGAUGGGUUUAAUGAAGAGUGGUACGAAACUGUCGAGCGUGUCGUAGAAGGCACCUUCAAGUUACAGAAAAAGUGGAUGACCGAGAGACGCCUAGGUUGGCAACACCCGAGAGGGAGAGCCGAGGAGAUGUAUAAACGCAUAUUCGAAAUGAAGUUUCUACCGCCUGGAAGAGGUCUGUGGGCCAUGGGAUCUCCACUCACCGAAGAAAGAGGGCUCUAUGCCGCACUGAACAACUGUGCGUUUGUGUCGACGGCUGAUAUACAAGACUCGCAGACCAAUGUCUCUGCGCCGUUUAAGUUUCUGAUGGAUGCAGCGAUGUUGGGGGUGGGGGUGGGUUUCGACACGCUCGGAGCUGAGCCCGGGAAUGCGAAAAGAAGCCGUGCACCGGUUGUGAAGGGACCUAGUGAUCGAAGAAAAGCGAUGAUGGUUGAGAUUGAGGACACACGGGAGGCCUGGGUGGACAGUGUAGCGCUACUCAUCGACUCAUACUUUGAUGGAAGCGCUCGAUUGGAGUUCGACUAUUCGAAGAUCAGACCGGCGGGAGAACCCAUUAAGGGUUUCGGUGGUGUCUCUAGUGGUCCUCGGGCCCUCGAGCAGUUGCACAACUCCAUCCGUGAAAGCUUGGACGCUGGAGUGGGAGAUCACGUCACCAUUACGCAGAUUGUAGACAUUAUGAAUAUGAUUGGCCGGUGUGUGGUCGCUGGAAACGUCAGGCGCGCCGCAGAGAUUUCGUUUGGCGACCCCAAGAGCGCUGAGUAUGUCGAUCUGAAGAAUUACGAAGUCAAUCCGCAGAGGGAGGCUUAUGGGUGGGCAAGCAACAACUCGGUUUUCGCUGAGCUAGGCAUGGACUACACAUCAGUGUGCGAGCGCGUGCAGAUCAACGGUGAGCCGGGCUUCGCUUGGUUGGACAACAUGCGCCAGUACAGUCGUAUGGAUGGCCCCGCAGACAACAAGGAUCACAAGGCCAUGGGCGGCAAUCCCUGUUUGGAACAGACGCUGGAGAGCUACGAGCUGUGCUGCUUGGUAGAAACCUUCCCGCACAAGCACGAGAACCUAGAAGACUUUUUGCAGACCCUCGAGUAUGCCUAUCUAUAUGCCAAGACCGUUACCCUUGGGGAAACGCACUGGCCAGAGAGCAACCGAGUCAUGUUACGUAAUCGCCGUAUCGGCUGCAGUGUCAGUGGCAUUGCGCAGUUCAUCAGCGAUCGAGGUGUACACACGCUCAAGGAAUGGCUUGAGGCCGGCUACCACAAAAUCCAGGAACUCGACAUCGAGUACUCGGACGAAUUCGCCGUACCCCGGUCCAUUAAAACCACAUCGGUGAAGCCCAGCGGCACGGUAUCGCUGCUCGCCGGUGCCACACCCGGAUUGCACUACCCGCACUCGAGGUAUCAAAUCAGACGAGUGCGAGCGGCCGGUGACUCGGAGCUGCUUGGGCCGUUGGAGAAUGCGGGCUACGCAGUGGAGACCGAUGUGUACAGCUCGGAUACAAAGGUAGCGAGCUUCCCCGUCGACGUAGGCAAGAAUGUGCGACCGUUGUCCAAAGUGAGUAUGUGGGAGCAGUUGCAACUGGCUGCUUUCAUGCAGCGCUACUGGGCUGAUAACCAGGUGUCGUGCACGAUAACCUUCGACCCGGAGACAGAGGGCCCCCAUCUCAAGCAUGCUUUGGACUUCUUUCAAUACCAACUGAAAGGUAUAAGUUUCUUGCCCAGGACACCCGAGGGAGCGUACGCUCAGAUGCCCUACGAGGAAAUUACGGAAGCUGAGUAUAAAAGGAUGAUGUCAAACGUCAAGCCCAUUGAUUUCAGUAAAUCCAAAGCAUCGGUGGAGCCCGACAAAUUCUGCGAUGGCGACUCUUGCACCAUCGCAUUGCCGCAACCCCUGACGGAAGAGUCAUACGAUGCCAAGAAAUCCUACGAAGGUUAAACCAUCCCAAUCAUAAUCCGACUGCUCUAUUGAUUUGCAUUCGCCACCGAAUAUAAAACUUAAGCCCCAAGCCCAACCAGUCCUAUCGGCAUGGAACCCGGCCACACAUACUUCCCCGAGAGUACUCGGCUGAAGUGCAAACGUCGCUUACUAUUCCUUGCGGGUGUAUGCUAGGACAGACAUUGUCGCACCCAUCUCAAGGAGCGAAGACAUGCGAACCAUAUUACAAUACAAGAGUGUGUGUAUGUGGUGGGCUCUCCAUGUGUACGACCACUGCUCAUAUAGCUGCAUCCUCGGGUCAUACCAUGCCGGUCCUCAGGUCGCCUCGACGAAUGCUGGAGAAUGCGAAUGAGAUUGGGCAUAUAAGGGCCCAGUCACCAAACACACGUAUUAGCUGCAUGCCCAUUGUUUGGUGCAGUUCCGAAUUUAAUUAGCACACGAGUACAAACUCUUGCUGACACACGAAUAUAUAAAUUUGUACUGUACUUUUCUGUUAUGGUCAGGUAUGGCACAUUCAGAAAUUUGUAUUAUGUUCCUGAAACGGGGCAUUAAUGUAGGACCGUGCGAAAGAAUCGUCCGACAUUAAGAGCUCAAAGAAAAGAUGGUGCCGUUGUAAAACUUAAAUUGUAGAGAGUGUAGGCCGCUCAUGUCUCAGCAUAGAUUAAGUCAGGCACCUUUUUUGCCCAGUAGUUAAAGGAAUGCAAUCUCAGGCAGAAGAAAAUUAAAGCACAGUUAAAUUGCAGAGCCUGUUUCAUUUAGAAGGCUAUGUAAAUUGGC